GGCUUGCAGCGCAUGCGCGAGUCCCGGAAGUUACCAAGAGAGGGACCGGCCCAGCGGGACACUUCCGGCGACGGGCUCUCGAGUUCCCCAAACUGCAUUCGCUGCCACUAGGCUGAGGCGCGAAGGGUGCGUGAGGAGGCGCGGCCCAGCCCGCGGGGACUGCUGCCGCCAUGGACCCGUUCCUGGUGCUGCUGCACUCGGUGUCGGUCGGACUGUCGAGCAGCGACCUGACCCAGCUCAAGUUCCUGUGCCGGAACCGCGUUAGCAAGAGGAAGCUGGAGCUCGCGCAGAGCGGCCUGGACCUCUUCACCGUCUUGCUCGAGCAGAACGAGCUGAGCGCCGAGCGCACCGUGCUGCUGCGCGAGCUGCUCGGCUCCCUGCGGCGCAAGGACCUCCUGUGCCUCCUGGACGACUUCGAACGGGGCGCGGAGGCCGGGGCGGCGCCGGAGGAGCGAGACCUGCGGGCAGCGAUGGAGAUCAUCUGUGAUAACGUGGGGAAGGACUGGAAGAGGCUGGCUCGUCGCCUCAGAGUGUCUGAGACCAAGAUUGAAGCCAUCGAGGAGAAGUACCCCCGGAACCUGGUGGAGCAGGUGAGGGAGCUGCUGAGGGUCUGGAAGAACAGCGCUAGGGAGGACGCAGCUGUGUCCUGCCUGGUGAGCGCGCUCCGGGGCUGCCAGCUAAACGUGGUGGCAGAUCUCAUCGAGGAGGACCAGUGGGCCCAGGCCCGCCAGAGAAGGAGCACCAGCCCUGGCUCCCUCAUGGCCUGGGACUCAGGCUCCGCUGCCCCGGGAGCCUCCUGACGACCCAGCGGCUCUUCCAGGGGGACCGAGGGCAGCUGCACGGUCCUGACCACGUGCCGUCCGUGCCAGCCCCGUGAAGACUCAGGGAGGCGGCCGUGGGCCCACACUCCUCUGUGCCAGCCGGGUGGGGGCCACUGUGUGUUCCGUCGUCCCCAUUAAAUAAGCUCCUCCGGGAGGGCGUGUGGCGCUGCGCCCGGUACGAAGUAGGGGUCUGUGAAACUUGGUGCUCCCAGACACGAGAGGACGCGCAGCAUUGAAGAGCGAGGAGCUGGAGGUCGUUGUGCUGGGGGUGCUGGGCUCCGGAACCCACGCUUGGAACCCCUGGCUCAUUCUCCAGCCCUGCAAAGCCCUCCAAAGGCUUGGAGGCUGGCAGUGCAGACCAUCUCCAGGGCGGGUGGCGGGGUGAGGCGCGCCCUCACGGGUCUGCGAGGCAACCCAGGCUCUCAGCGCUCGGGGAGCAAGCCCCCUGCCAUGGGGCCAGGCAGCAGGCGCUCGGCACAUGCUGGUUCUCAGAUGAAUCAUGACUCCAGUUCCACAAUGGAUUGCUAACGGUCACUUUUUCUGAUAACAAAAGUAGUAAGAAGCUGAAUCCUCGGAUUCUGAGACGCACCUUUUCUUCCUGCUUGAAGUCCUGUUGAAGCAGGUGCCUUUGCAAGAGACCUCCACAUGACGGUUUCCUCUUCCCACGGAUGGUGAGCUCAUUUUACAGGUUCUCAGAAGUCCCGCUGUAGCCAAUUUCACUUUCCCUUGACGGUUAUCACAGGCCCAACCUGUAGGAGGGUGCCUGUGUUUCCUAUCAGCUCCAGGGACCACUGCCAAGGGGGGUGUUUACUGCGGUGGGCCAUGAUCUGCCAGAGGGCAGCCCUCACCUGCUGUGGGCCCUGCCUCCCUGCAGGAGGCAUCAGAGAACCCCGCCACGUACCUUCUAGCUGUGACCUUGGGAAAGCUCCUGACGUCAUGCUGUGCCACCCUGACCUUGGGUUGCCGGCUGUGGGCCCAGCCUUUGGCAGAUCCUGACUGCGCCGGGCACUGCUGGGAGCUGAGCCCAGGCAGCAGACGAGACAGACAUGGCCGUACUCCGAAAGUCUGGCUGGAACACGGGCGUUAACCACGCGUCACAAGUUUGGGAGCUGAGCCCAUUCAGCCCCAGAGCCAUGGCCCAGCCCAGGGUGAUGUGCUGAAGAGGCUUUGGGUCAGGGCAAGUCUGUGUGUAAUAGUAACGUCACCACCACCAGUAAAGGCGGGGCCUGGCCAGUGGGUUGCCUUGGGAAAUGGGUGGUCUGGGAAAUGUGCCCACGUGUCUUGACCAGAGGCAGACUACGAGAUGGUGCCCAUCCCUCGUGGUUUAUGGCAGAUGCUGCCACCAAUGGGUGAGGAUCCUGAGCAUCCUGAGACCUGGCCUGCAUCCCCAUGUGGUCCUCACAGCGGGGAGGGACCACCCCUCUGUCACUCCAGGUGUUCUCACGGACAUUUGGACAUGUGCUUACAGCACCCAGAGCUUUCCGUUGCUUGGGCCCGGCGCUGCCACUGGCUCACUCCGUGCUGCGUCCUCGAGGGUGAAGCACUGUCCCCCAGACACUGACAUCUGGGAUUGCCCUCCUGCCCUGGACGGUGAAGCAGUUGGAACAGCCUCAGCAAACCUGUCAUGUGACCUAAUCACAGCACAGACCUGAGGUCGGGGCAGAGAGGCGCCUCCUCCAGGCACUGCUGUCAGCCUCCCUGGGGCCUGGAGGUGGCCUGCCCUGGCGCCUGUGGGCCACUGGGGCGAAGCCACAGAGCCUGGUGGCAGGCGAACUUGCAGAGGACACUGCCCCCGAAGGUGGGCUGCAGGCCGGUGGGAGCGUCCAGGUGCUCCACCGUCAGCAGUCAGGAGGCUUCCACCGCAGCUGCCCUCCAGGCGCUGAGGUGAGACUGCACAGGCUGGCGGCGUGAACGGACAGUGCAAGUGGACAGAGAAAGCAGCAGGGCCUGUCCGGGCCCCAGGGGUGGAAGGUAGACAGCCAGCGUCAGAGGGCAGCUCUCUGGACAGUGCGGGCCCCGAGGGUGGAAGGUAGACAGCCAGCGUCAGAGGGCAGCUCUGGACAGUGUGGGCCCCAGGGGUGGAAGGUAGACAGCGUCAGAGGGCAGCUCUGGACAGUGUGGGCCCCAGGGGUGGAGGGUAGACAGCCAGCGUCAGAGGGCAGCUCUGGACAGUGCAGGCCCCAGGGGUGGAGGGUAGACAGCCAGCGUCAGAGGGCAGCUCUCUGGACAGUGCAGGCCCCAGGGGUGGAGGGUAGACAGCCAGCGUCAGAGGGCAGCUCUCUGGACAGUGCAGGCCCCAGGGGUGGAGGGUAGACAGCCAGCGUCAGGGCAGCCCUGGACAAUGUGAGCCCCGGGGGUGGAAGGUAGACAGCCAGCAUCAGGGCAGCCCUGGACAGUGUGAGCCCCGGGGGUGGAAGGUAGACAGCCCGCGUCAGAGGGCAGCUCUGGACAGUGCAGGCCCCGGGGGUGGAAGGUAGCCAGCGUCUGGACAGCGCGGUCUUCGUGUGUGCUGUCUGUGUCCCCGCUUCUGUGGUGUGGCUUUCAGGUGUCCACCAGAUGCGGCCCUGGGUGUCACAGAGACCAUGGAGGCCACCAGGGGCUCUUCCCCUUGUGUCUCCACCACUCUCGGAAGAGGCCAUUGGGUAAAUCGGAGGUGCUUGUCCGCGUCUGCAGUGCCAUUCUCAGCUUGAAGACGAGCUGAUGUCACCCCCCGCCCAGAGGGCUGUCCAGUGCUGUUCUGCUCUGCACGGCCCCUGACACCCGGCCUUGCUGUGCACAGAGGGCCCUUAGUUCCCCAGCCAGGGACCAAACUUGCGUCCCCUGCAGUGGAAGCACGGUCCCAGCCGCUGGACCGCCAGGGGAGUCCUGUCCUGGGUCUUCUCACUGCCCAUCCUGGGACAGACGUGUUUGAUCAGAACUGGGACCUGGGGGCCAGUCAGUGGCACCCCACCGGACGGAGCUGCUGCAGUUUCAGCAAGGAUUCCUGGCAGCUUCACAGAAAGUCCGGCUCCUGUGAAGUUUCCCGUAAACGCACACCAAGCGCGCACGCAAGGCGCGGGGUUGCCGUGAAGGCGAGAGAAGUGCCCUCUGCUCUCAGUCCUCCCCUGAGGACGGAAAGAAGGGUCCCCGCGUGUGUGCUCCGCCGGAGAUUUCCUGGCAGUGAAGGGGUGUUGAACAAGUGUCUGCUGAGAUGAAGGGUCACCGUCUCCCGGCCCUGCAGGUUUCCCGGUUUCCCAGUCUGCCCUCCACCACGCCACCCCCAGCCUUGCUUCUGGGCGCACGCAGCUGUUGGUGACCACCCAGGGUCCUCACGCCCUCCAGACUCUUCCCUUGGGGUAGGGGGUUGACAGUCCCUCAUCCAUCUUACUCUCCCCACUAGCUCCCACCUGCUCCCCUUCCUCCUUGGCAGCCCUACAGGCACCCCGAAACAGCACUGCGGAGCGGAGGCCCCCAGCCCCCCUCCCUGGCCCCUCCCUGUCCCUUUCUCAAGGUCCCGGGCUGACCCUGCUGUGCGAGGGGGCAGGUCACAGGUUCCAGGCACCACGGGGCCAGCCUGCUCACCACAGACCUCAGACUUGGCACCACAGUUCAGUGGGCCGCCCUCGGGCCCCACCCAGGCCCCUUCCCUGGGGCGUGCACUCCCAUGUAACAGCAGUGGCUCCCUGGACACGACCUCCAGAGCCUCGCCCCUCUCAGGACAGCCCCGGCCCAGCCCUCCCAAAGACCCCGCUCUGUAUUCUGAGAAACCGCAGGCUCCACAAGUUUCUCAGUUGUGUAUUUUUAUUUCCAUGGUAACUGAGUCAUCCUGCUGGCUGCUUCCUAACUACAGGGUUUCUGUGCCCAUUGCACUUUGGAACCAAGACAGGCAGGCCUGACGCGGGGUAGCACACGCAAAAGGGGCCAGUCACCCUCCAUCUGCUGGAAGGCAAACCUCUUACGAGGAGAACUUGCAGUUGAAAACCGUUUGCAUCACAGAAGCCCUCAGCUCCCUGAGUCAGUGACAGUCAAGACUGUGGCAAGAGUCCCACGUGGGUGCCAACCACUUUCGUUGUCCCGGGGGCAUGGAGGCCAGCUCAGUGUGUGCGCGGGGUGCCCAUCGGGUGGAGGCCGUCAUGGAAGAGCAUGGGCCACUUGGACACCCAGGCAGAGCCAUGCUGCCCGCCCCACACCUGCCUGGUGACAGUCUAGGCUCGGGCGAUGACUCUGUUUCAGCACACGUGUUCCGUGGGACAGAAGUUCUGUCUGGAGAGAUGACAGAGUUCUCAAGACAGGUGGGGUGAUGUUGACGACACUGAGUGAAAAGGGUGAAUUUUCUGUUGUGUGUGACUGUGCUACAGUUUUAGAAAUCCUACUUCACAGUAACCAUUUAGUUACAUUCUUAAUCUAAAUUGUUUCAAGUGUCUCUCAUGAAUUUUGUAGGCCUUUUAUGAGUUAUGAUGGCUAGAAGCAUAAGUUUGUAUCUGGCUUAUGUGUGCAUCAAAGCAACAUUGUUAUAAUAAAUAGAAACAUGCCCGUC